ACCUCAAAAUUCCAAUUUCCUCUUUGUUACCAAAGCUUCCCCUUCUUCGUGCAAUCACAUUCGCCCACCGGCUCCUCAAAUCACUCACCCCACUCUCUCUCUCUCUCUCUCUCUCUCUGGCGUUUCUGGGUUCAUAGCAUCAAACGAAUCUAGUCCUACUUUGUUCCGGAUUUCUAAUUGACUCUUCUUCAGCUGGGUUUGAAUCCUCCUCCGUUCCUUCCCACUAUAAAAGGGCUUCCUUCUCUACGCUGCGCUAAUUCCCGGAGGAGAGAGAGAUAGUCAUAGUAGAGAAUUUCUCACUCUCUCUCCAAGCUUAGUAGUGCUAGCUUCCGUCAUUACCCUUUUUCUUCCUUUCCCGCCCCUUCUUUUACUUGAAGAGAUCCUAUAUUCGCAAAUUUCAGCUGGGUCGAGCUUGGUUUCAGCUGGAUUGACUUGGAGAGGAAGAGAGACGGAAAAUGGGGAUGGGUUCCCAAGAUGCAAUUGAUCAGCUGAGAGUUUUGAUGGAUCAAGUUGACGAGCCAUUGAAGCGGACUUACCAGAAUGUCCAUCAAGGAUAUGAAGUGGAAACUCUAGCGCGGUUCCUAAGAGCUCGAGAUUGGAAUGUUGCCAAAACUCAUAAAAUGCUAGUUGACUGUCUGAACUGGAGAGUCCACAAUGAGAUCGACAACAUAUUAGCGAAACCCAUUGUUCCAGCAGAUCACUACAGAGGAGUGCGUGAUUCGCAGCUUAUUGGAAUGUCUGGUUACUCGAGAGAGGGACUACCUGUAUAUGCUAUUGGUGCGGGACUCAGCACAUUUGACAAAGCAUCUGUUCACUACUAUGUUCAGUCACACAUUCAGAUGAAUGAGUAUCGGGAUCAUGUAAUCUUGCCAACUGCAUCGAAGAAGCAUGGUCGACCCAUAACCACUUGUAUAAAGGUCUUGGAUAUGACUGGUUUGAAGCUUUCUGCACUGAACCAAAUAAAGCUGUUUUUACUCUAUUCCCUGAUAGCUGUCAUUGACCACAGGCAGCUGUUUUUACUGCAGUUAUUGACUGUCAUUUCGACAGUGGAUGACUUGAACUACCCUGAGAAGACGAACACCUAUUAUAUCGUAAAUGCCCCUUACAUAUUUUCAGCUUGUUGGAAGGUCGUGAAACCUUUGCUGCAAGAAAGAACAAGGAAAAAAGUGCAGGUGUUGAAUGGUAAUGGGCGAGAUGAACUCUUAAAGAUAAUGGACAUCUCCUCCCUUCCACAUUUCUGCAAAAGGGAAGGCUCUGGAUCAUCUAAGAACAACUCGGAGAAAAGCUCCGAGAGCUGCUAUUCGUUGGAUCAUCCGUUCCAUCAACAGCUCUACAACUACACCAAAGAGCAAGCGGCGAAUAAUGCACCAACAGGACCGAUAAAGCAAGGAUCUUUCCAUGUCCGUGUUCCCGAGCCAGAGGCCGAAGUGAAAACCAUCGAGUCUGCGCUCCAGAAGUUCGAGAAGGGCAUCCCGAGAGGACUCUCUGGGUGUCUGGAUGACCUCAAAAUCAACAACUCGGAGUAGACAGGGAAAGGGUACAUCUAGGAAGAAUGCUUAUAUAGAAAUGGAUGUAUCAUUUGUCACGCUGGCAGUUUUUUAAAUUACCAUAUGUAAUUACUGCCAUCUGAUAUAGUAGAAAUGCUUCAGAACAUUUGUAAGCCUUUAGAAUCAAUCAGUAGCAUUAAUCAGUAAGCACCUUUCUUAUGAUGCUUUUUACCAUUGUAAUGAACUCAAAUGAGUUUUUCCAGCCUUGAGAAGAAGCAAUUUGGUCAAAGCUGAAACGGAUUUCUGGUCCUUGUACUAUCUUAUUUUGAUGAAUUCGUUUACAUAUCAUAAAUUCUACAAAUGCGUCUUUGUACUA